AAUUAUUUUUUUUUUCGCUGACGUAGACCCCUUGCAGGUUGUCAUAUACCCCUAGGGGUCGAUAUAGACCACUUUGGGAAUCAAUGAUUUAGCUGCUAGCUUCUAAUUUCCCUCGUACCGACGUACCUGACGAGGUACUUCGCGCAUAGUAUCACGCGGCGCGGUACUCUUUCCGCUCUGCUAAUCAACACUUCCUUCCUGCCUGGCGAACACCGUGUGGCAGCAGGUUUUCCUGCACAGCGCCAUCGGCAGUCCUGCUACUGCACCGUUCUGCGACUAGCCGCGCAUUCUAUUGGCCCUUCUCAAUUGUCUCUAAAAUGAUUCAUUUUUUAUAUCACUGAGUGAAUGAAUCGUGAGGUGGAGUCGUUAAAUACUAAAUUGGACCUAGUUGGCUUAGACCUAUGACGUGACGUAGCGUGUGUGAUCGUGUUUUGUUCCGGUUUUUCCGUCGGCUGUUUUCGAAUUUUCGAAAUGGUGUCCUUGGUGGGCAGCAAGAUUAUAUUGGCUGUUUUUAAUUUUCUGUUAUUGGCAUGCGGUUUCACACUAGUAACAGGAGGUAUGCUCAUCCUCUUCGACUCGGAAAGAGUGCAACUGUCACGACUGUUGACAGUGGGGUACUUAUCAACCCUCCCUCACCCAUUGCUGCAUUAUGUAUCCAUUGGAGCGGCCUUGCUUGGUCUUCUGCUGGCUGGAACUGGGAUUUUAGGAUGCUGGGCAGCCUGCAUGCAUAGCUAUUGCAUGCUUACGUUCUACUUGCUAAUCAUAGUGAUAGCUCUAGUUGGAGAAUGUGCCAUAUACAUUGUAGCUUGGCUGUGGCCAAACUGUAUGGGCUUGGGGCCCGCUACAGACGAGCUUGUCAAAGCUCUUCAAAGGAAUUAUGGGGUGAGCGGUCAGGAACAUUUUACAGUGGCUGUGGAUUUAGCACAAACUAUGUUCAAAUGCUGUGGCAUCGAUUCAGCAAACGAAUACGAUACAUCCUUGUGGCGACUGCAAGGACUUGGGCCCAGAUUGGCAGUACCAUUGACUUGUUGCAAAUUGUUGAACGCCAACGACACCAAAGCUUAUCUCAGUCCUAGACCGAUCAACCAGAACUUUUGCCAAGAUCUGGAGAAACAGACUCACUCAGCAUACAGGCAUACAGUGGGUUGCUGGAUGGCUCUAGAUCAGUGGUACAGAGAGCACUACUUUGCUUUCUUGAUGGUCGGAUUCGUGAUAGUUCUUGUGGAAUUUUGCGUACUCAUGAGUACAAUCCUCUCUUGCACAAGAAUUUACCAUUACAAUCAAGAGUUGAAAGAAGCUUCGCGGCAGAUUGAAAGAGACCCGCCAGAUCCAACAUUUACCCCAGUCUCAAGGGCGUCCAGCUCUCAAGCAGGUGCUUACAGCAACGACACCUACGCCCUUACGGAUCAAUUUAACAAGCAGCACCAAGCGCAAGUCAACCAGUACAAAGACACGGAGCAGUUCAAUAAGCAGGGGGCGUAUGCGAACUUAGUGGAGAGGGCAUGAUGUUGGCUUAGAGGUCUCUUCAGGCCCAGUUAUGUCUACGAAGUUGAGGUUGAAUCGAUGUUAUGGUGAAGUGAUCUCUGAAAACUACAAGUAUUUGAGGAUAACAGACUUGACGUGGAAAAGACUUAUGUAAAACAUGCCUUAAUGUUUUUCAAGAUUCUUAAUCUAUAUUGAAAAAUGCAGGUCUGUAAUAUUUGCCAUACAUACAUACCUACUUUACAUUUAUUUAUACUAAGCUCUCAACUUUAGUAACCAUACAUAUCUUGAUAUUUGAGGAAAAUUUGCCGGCAAAUUCACAGAAAAAAUAUUUGCACCCUCAAAUUUCUCAUUUACUUUUUUAUGCAGACCUGUGUUUUAUUUUUUUAAUGCAUACCAAAAAGACUGUGAUCCUAUUGCAUAUCUUAAAACGAAUAAAUUACCAGGCUAAUAUUUUUUCAUACAGUUUUUCAGAACUGAGGCACAGCGCCACCUCAUUGCUUAAUUUUCGACUAACAAAUAUCAGCAAUAUUUUUGUAUCAGCUACUGAGCCGAAAAUCUUUGAUCUGAGGUUGGAACCACUCAAUUCUGAAACGCACUGUAUAGCAAAUAGACAUACCAAAGCUGUGUACGUAAUCGUUGAAGAUUGCUCCACAUUUGAUAUUCGCUUUCCGCAUUAUAUAAUUCUAGGAUUAUGCGUCGAUUAUCUCUUAUUAUACUUAUAAUUAUUCUAGGUAGCAUAAUUUUACAAUAACUCAUCUAUCAUAGACUGUUACUAUAUAAAGAAAUAAAUAUGAUUACAAUACGAA